AUGCCCCCAGUCGGCGCGGUGGAGCCCUUCCUACACGGCACGGAGGGCUUCGGACCCGUGGGCUCCCAUUUCUUCCUGACGGCGAUGGGCGACGGCGUCGGGCUCCUGGGAGAGCACUUGGCGCCCCAGGGCCCCGACACGGACCUGCCGCACCUGAAAGGCAUCGUGCGCAGAAGGCAGCUCUACUGCCGGACCGGCUUCCACCUGGAGAUCCGGCCGGACGGGAGGGUCACGGGCACCCGCGAGGACAACAGCCGCUUCGGUGUUCUGGAGUUCAUCAGCAUCGCCGUGGGCCUCGUCAGCAUCCGAGGGCUGGACAGCGGCCUCUACCUGGGCAUGAACAGCCGGGGGGAGCUGUACGGCUCGGAGAAGCUGACCGCAGAGUGCGUGUUCAAGGAGCAGUUUGAGGAGAACUGGUACAACACGUACUCCUCUCAGCUCUACAGGCACGGGGACCGUGGGUCACACUACUUUGUGGCCUUGAACAAAGACGGCACUCCAAGAGACGGCGCCAAAUCCAGGCGACACCAGAAGUUCACGCACUUCCUCCCUCGGCCCGUGGACCUGGAGCGUACGCCUCGCCUUUCCCGCGACUCCCUGGGGCCCAGCUGAGCGGCUCGC